UUCACUGGGUAUUGUCAAUAAUAGCAGAACACUGUAAAUAAACAGUGUGAUAAGAAACCAAAGGCAAGAAACAAACUGUUCACAAAAAAGCUACUGCAGUGUAUGCAGCUAUAGUUAGUGCUCUUCAACGAAUAACUCCGAAAACCUAAGAAUUUCAUGGAUGGAAUAACGAAGCGACCGGACAAUGUCAGCAAUAGUGCAGCUAGUGGCAGUAGUUUUCUCACCAACGGCUAUGGGACCCAGUUUAUGACGGUGGCUCCUCCGCUCUUGAAUUGCGAAGACGAGCUCAUCUGGCUUGAUCUGAGCAAUCCUGCUUUCCACAAGCCCGUCUACAACAGUUCGAUUAACGAAUCGAAAAGUUUGGGGAAAGAUGCCAAGAACCUUAUCAUACAGUCCUUCCGGCAGGCUCUGAGCAUACAUGAUCAGAACGAAUUGAUGCGGGAGCUAGAGAAGGACCCGGAAUUGGUCUACAACGUGGGAUUAACACCGGAUAAGCUCCCCGAUUUGGUAGAAUACAAUCCAUUGAUUGCGAUUGAAAUUCUUCUUAAACUGAUCCACUCAACGGAAAUUACGGAAUACUUCAGCGUACUUGUGAAUAUGGAAAUGUCUCUGCAUUCGAUGGAAGUUGUCAAUCGGCUAACCACAUCCGUUGAACUUCCCACCGAAUUUGUUCAUCUAUACAUCAGCAACUGCAUUUCUUCGUGCGAAGCGAUCAAGGAUCGUUACCUGCAGAAUCGGCUUGUACGGUUGGUCUGUGUCUUCUUACAAAGUUUGAUCAGAAAUCACAUAAUCGAAACGAGUGAGUUGUGUAUCGAGCUGGAAGCGUUCUGCGUCGAGUUCAGUCGCAUACGGGAAGCAGCUGCUCUGUAUCGGUUGUUGAAACAACUGGAGUCAGAUUCCAACACUACAACAAAUAAAAUCAAAUAGUUUGAAAAAUUUACACAGGAUUUAUUGUCAAUAUUAAGUAUGGCACUUUGUAUUGUAAUUUAAUUAUUUUGUUACAAUAAAGGUUUGUUUUUAUACCUUUUAUAUUUUCCUACCCUUCAC